GCUCUUGAGCAGCGGGAGAGAGUCUCGCGACGGUGCUACUUUGAGCGGACGCCAUUUUUUCGGCAAGGAGACCUCUCCGUCUUUCUUUCCUUGAUUUUUAAAGAUUUUUGUGUUCUGUUGGAUCAUCAUUCCAACAUGCGUAGCCUUCGACCCAUUUGAGCACAAGCGUCGUUCUCCAUUUUUAGAUAUUUCAUCUUCGCCAUCCUGCUGUUCGGUGUUCUCCUCCUCUUCCGCCGUCCUCUCCAUCGUGUUGACUUUCUUUUCUGUUUGUUUUACGUUCACGUUCACGUUCAUAGAUUCUUUGUUUCUUUAGAGCCUUCCCUUGCGAUUGGCUUUUUUGGCAUUUUCGCUCCCUUUUCCUUUUUACCGGAGGAGGGCCUUCCAUCUGUGCACAUGUCGAAUGUGUUCCCGCGCGGUGGGCGUGGCGGGGCCGACCGUGCCGUCGCCGAUCCCUCUUCCGCCUCCGCCGCCUCUUCCUCCUCGUCGCUGUUCAACGCGCGUCCGCCGCACCGCUUAUCGCACGAGCUGAGCGCCGCUGCCUCGCCGACCUCACCCUCCCUCGAUGACAUUCGUGCUCGUCUGCACGAUGUAAUGCGGAGUAUUGACGACACACUAGUCGAAGCGGAGGCGUCCCCACGUGCAUCGGCAGCGCCACCAAAACUCCAGCCUUUCAGCGCCACACCGGCGUUUGAGGCUUCCGCCGAAGCAUCAUCGCAGACCUUUCGGGGACAGGAGGCGGAAGGAGGAUCGAGACCUGUGCAGCGGCCUCCACCACACCUGCGUGUCACGUAUCGUGCGGGCGACUCUCCAUCUGCGUCCACCGCCUGGCCCAGUCCACGAGCUGCUCCGACGGGCUCCUCUGCAGCCGCAGAGCUUGCGUUCUCCGCCCCUCCUUUGGCUCCCCCAACGCGGUCUCUUUGCCCUUUUCCAGCAGCAACAAUCCACGCAGGGAGACGCUACAUGCCCGCCGGUGCUGCACAGGUUCGUUCGUCUUCCUCGUCUUCCAUCUCUGACGAAGGGAAAGACGAGGAGUCUGCGGCGACCAGCACCACCGCCGGAGCAGGUCUCUCGGCCACGUUUAAAGCUACCUUAGAUUACUGGCGAGCCGGCGGUCACCGCACGCUGCAUCGUGUGCCGACAAGUGAGAAGAACAUCAGCUUCUCUGCCGCUGACGUCGCCGGUGCUGUUCGGCGCGCUGCGCCGGCGCCAUCUGUUACCUCAGCCGUGUCCAGCCAGACAACGGCCUCGAAAUACAUGAAGCCAUCCACCGCUGCACGUGAGUAUUUCUGCAGUGGUGGCGCUGGCACGCGGCCGUCCAACACCAUCACAGACACGCUCACCAGCACCAGUGUGACCACGACGCGCUCGUCGCCGUCCCCUUCGUCGGCCUCUUCGUCUUCUGCCGCUCGAGAGGACCGGUUCGCGCCGCGACCUGCGCCAUCAGCUCCGUGGGUUUCGAGAAGCCAAUUCACACACCCCCAUGACAACUCGGCGAAUACGGCGGCUGCUGCGGCGAGAGCGCGGAAUUACCCGACAUCGUCGUCCAUAAGUCCGGCGGGUGACGCGCCGCCUUUCAGGGGGAGCCCGGCGGCGGAUCCACCUUCUACUCCGACCCCGCUGCCACACCCGUCUACCGUCCCUUCCCUGUCGGCUCGUUUGGCGGUGCUGCGUGCUACGGACGCGGUGCAGCGCAGCGCCCUGCUUCAGCGCGACGGCGCCAAUUUGGCCAACCAGAGCGCUGGCGGUGGUCGGACGGACGACCGCUUAAACGACCGAUUUUCUCCUUCACCUUACGGGGGCAGGUACACGGAAGUGCAACGGCACAAGGACCCGCGGGACGCUGUGGAGGCUGCCUUUCGUCGUGAGGAGGACAACAGCAGAAGAGGGCCCUUCCAUCCACCGAGACCAGAGGAGGACAGUUUUCAUCGCGCGCCUGCGGCGUCCGCCGUCGUCGACACGCCCCUGCCCUACCGCACUUCGCCGUACAGGAGCCACCGUCCUCCCUUCUCCCCUCCACCGCUCCAGAGCAGCGACGCUGGCGGACACCACCACAACCACGACCCACGCAACGCUCAAGCGUGGAACGGUGAAGACGGCGAUCUUCAGUGCGGUACAUGCGGCAUCAACGCCAGCCGUGACAGCAAUGCGCUCGUGCGCAGCUCCGACGGGUCGCGAGUGAACUCGCCGAGCUCCGCCGAGCGGCGCACCCGCCGAGAGGCACGGCAGGAUGAAACGAACCAUAUCGUCGACCUCGCACUGGCGCGACAGGCAGCGGCAGAGGAGGCGUGGCGAGAGAGCCAGCACCAUCUUCGACCGCCGCCUCCCCGUCCACGCAGUCUCUCUCCCAACUGUCCUUCAUUGCGCCAACACACGGCGGCCCUAGUCCCUACGAGCCCUUAUCGAAGGCAUCAAGCGAGGGAAGGCGGCAGAAGCGGAGGUAGUGUUGAAUACCCGGCCAGCACGGCGCUGCUGGAUGCCAUGCAGGCCCGUCUUGCUCCCUACGCCGCAAAAACCGCUAUGAUGACGGCAGCCGACGACGAGGACGGUGCGCUGCCGAUGCAGGAGGAGCUGGCAGUGCGGGCGAAGCUCGCGGCACGACGGAGCGGCGAAGGAGCUCAGGGCGUUAGUGACAGACCUGAACACCACUCGACAGAGCUGCAGCUGCGGCAGCGACAACAACAGGAUCACUACCCACGUCUGGGUGAGGUCCGCGGCACGGAAACUGCGCGGCAGCAGAAGAGAGAGGUGGAACGGCCAGCGAACGUACCGACUGACGCACCGGCCAACAUUCCCGCCAGCGAGGCGAAGGAAGGAGGCCCCAACGCGCUGGAAGCCGUUCGAGCACAUGCGGUACAGCUCGAGCGGCUUCGCCAACGAAUGCAACGAAUGCCGGCUCCCGCAAAUCCUGCCUCGGCACAACCCACAAAGACAAAUACGACUGUAAGUGAGAAGCCGGCAGCCGCGUUGCGAGACGUCCCGGCGAGUGCUUCGUCUGCGUCCUCGCUGAACAUUCCGGAGGUGCCGUCGUCGUCGGGGCACCGCUCCCUGCUGGCCGACCCUGCGCUCAUGCGCACGCAGCAGCAUCGCGGCAGCUCGAGAGAUGCGACAACACGGGCAGCAGCGACACCUGAUGUGCCCACAAGGGCGGCGGGGCACCCAGGGACACCCCUCCCAGAGAGAAAGAUGACGAAACUCUCUACUGCUGCGGCACUGACCGCGACAUCGGUGGAGGUGGACUCGGACGCGGAGGGGGAGGAGGCGCCUCUGUCGGGCGUCUCGGCGAGUUCAUUGGACGAUCGUGAGCCGACGCCGGAGCGAGUUGUGGCGCACACGUUGAAACGGACGUCGCCGGCUGAGGCGGUCGUCAACAAUGCUGGCGACGCCGCCGCCGCCUCGCGGCAGCCAAAUGCGGUGCGUCGACUUCAAAAUGAUGGCGAUAGAGGCUGUAAACCAACGAAGGCGGCACCUUUACGGGGUGCAAGGACACCAUCUGCCAAUGCAACGCAGUACGCUGCGUGGCUCUCGCAGAACACGAACAGCGACAGCGACGAUGCGGACGCAGAAGACGCGUCGCAACACGAUUGGGCCUCCGCCACACAACUCCCACCUGCACGACCACCACGGGCAGCACCUCCCCCGCCAAGCGGUCCAACGGCACAGCCAGAAGCGUCAGCAUACCGUGGCGGGCAACGCGGACAACCGUCAACACAACCUACGCAACAGAAAAGUUCACCCACAGCUGCCGGCGCAGCUGAAGUGGCAGCCCCAUCUUCCUUUGCCUCGCCCGCUGAUGAGCAAUGCCCGCAGCGGAGAAGCCGCACCCCCGUUCCAUCUUCCUACGCGGAGGAGAUGCCAUCGCCGCCGCCAGCAAAGCCUCCCACUUCAGACGCACGCCUUCCGCAGGGAGCAGAAGGCAGCAACACGCAGAACCGCACUCCCGCAAGCGACGCAAACACGCUGAACAAACUCGGAGAGGAGCUCAAGAGAGCGCCGACGAUGCGGGCGACUUCACGCCCGUCGUUGCCUAUCGAGGACGCGGAGCGCGACAUCGUCUCCUCCUCCCCGUCCGCUGGUCGACAGCAACACCGCGGCAGCAGCACCCCGAGUGACAACGACAGCGCAUUGGAUGAGGUGGCCGACGGCGGCGGUGGCGCGUGGACCCCGGCACGCCUGGCCGCCAUCCAGUCCACCCUUCUGCACGUCUCUCCAACGCGGGGCACGGCGUGGCAGGAUGGGUUUAUAUCGGCCCACCACAACAACUACGGUCCCUCCGCAUCGUCGUUGUCUUCUUCUUCCUCUUCUUCCCUGCCCGACUACGGGGUGUUAUCCCCCUUUGCGCCACCAACGACGACGAAGCAGAGUGCGCCGCAGUCACAGCCACUGCUGCGUUCGGCGUCGCCUUCCAACUCCCUCGCCCACGGGCCGUCUUCUCCUCCUCCAACGAAGUCAGCGCUGAACCCGCCGGCUCCCGCUACUGCUGCUGUUGCGGCUGCUGCGGCUACCAGCUCCGGCGACCCAACACUCGCCUAUCGACGUGCAGUGCGACAUGAGGCAAACAGACGGGCCGUCCUGCGUGCGCAGGCGCUGCUGAUGGAGCACGGCGUGUCGGUAGAGGUGCAGCUGGCGGGUCGGCGUCUGCCUGCGGCGGUGAAACUGUCGAAGGACAAGAAGGAGCUGCUCUUCUUUCUCGAGCGCAUGACGGAGAUCUCACCGCCGUUGUCGUCGUCGAGCACGCCACGCGCGCGCUCCCUCGUCACUCCCCCACCGUCUUCGCGGAGUCGCCCGCAGCCUUUGCUGCCGGGCGGCGCACGUGGGCCGAUGCCAGAUGCGGGGCACUGGUCUACGGUAGUAACCGCACGGGCAACCGGCCCAGAGUCGUCUGUCCCUUCUUCGUCCCCACGACGGCAGCGCUCUCCCGUUUCGCCGCGGCAGCAAGGGGCGCUCUACUCGGUGGCCCCGUCGGUGCUCCCGCGCAGGGGCGGCGGCGACGACGGAAGGCGGGGCCCGCCCCUACAGCCGAAGCUGAUGGCUGGACCUCCGCCGCCCAACUUUGUGAAGCUGCCACCUAGCGCCGUGCGGCUUCCUUCGAACCGUGUUGGCGCCGGCGCCGUGCACUUCGCACCGACGAACCAACCACAGCAUCCACCGGGCCGCUUCAACAGUGCUCCUCUUCCUCCUCAGGUACAACGGGCAUCACCGGCCCGCUUCCGCACGCCAGCCCAGUCAAACCCACACCCGACCCUCCUGCCGCCUGCCUCAGACCCCCCAUUAAACAGCCGAGCCGCAGCGCCCUCUUCUUCUACGUCUGUCAGGGGAGCUGCUGCUGUUGCUGCUGCUGCUGCUAGGACUUCUCGCACGCCCUCACCCGAGUCUACUGCGCUGCGCCUGCCCACUCCCCCAAGGACGGUGCACGUGCGUGAGUUGCAUCACUUCCCGUGCCGCCACGCGCGCGUCUACGUGCCUUACGGUGUGAUGGGAUACGAAGAAGACAGCGGAUUUGGUGGACCCGGCACGUGGGAGGACGUGAGCGGCAUCUUGUGCGGCCCGGCCAGCUACGAGGUGCUGCGGCGCUACAGCUGUCCGCUGUUUGCGAAGGUGCGCGGUGGCGACUACGUGCCCUAUCGCGUCUUCGUUAUCAUUCCUGAGUUUCAGCGCAUUGAUCUCCCGCAGGACGCCGUGCUGCUCGUGCUGGACUUCCGGCAGCGGGCUGAUUGGGUGCUCUUCCUGUUGGCGGUACAGCCGAGUGCGGCGGGCCACGGUGGUGAUCUGGGUACCACCGCAAGGGACGGAAUGGGAUCGCCGACUGCUGCGUCGCGUAGCACGCGGACUCCCGUCUUGUCCUACGGACGAGCGCUGUGGAUGCUGGCGGUGCAGCGACUCCAGCGUGCUCGUGCGCUGCGUGGGCUGAACCCCUUUGAGUCGCGAACGCAGACGUCACCGCCCCAGCAGCGGCGAGGGCGGCAGCUGCGGACCGAAGACGACGGCGAAGAAAGAGGGCAAGUGGGGUCAACUGACUCAGCCGCCCUACGCAGCAAGGCCGGCGCAACCACAGCGGCUGUUCAAAGUGGGCCCUCUUCCGCCCCUUCGUCGUCCCCUUCACAAACGGCGCGCGCACCUGCCGAUCGAACCGCAUCGCCCGGUGCGGCAGCGGCUUCUCUCCGCUUUGCCGCCCCGGCUGCCACCACACCGGCGUCGUCGCUGCUGCCACGUCGCAGUCCUCUGCGGAGCGAUGCGAUGCAGCCGCGUGUCGGGUGGCAGAGCGGGCAGCCGGGGCGGAGUUCACUCCGGCGCGUGCCGCUGCCUGCUGCCGCGGCGCCAUCCGGCAUCCCCCGCCACCAGCGGUCCGACAACGACCCUCAAGUUGUUGCUCCCCCCGGCGGUGCGAAAGGGCUACGGAGAGAAGGGGCUCGCCCACGGACGGCCACACAGGGGCCGAGUCCGCAGGGGGCGGCGUUCGCCUCCGCCCCGCCUGUCGACGCCGGCGACACUGCAGACGCUUCGCCGCUCUACGCAGAGGAGAAGUCGACGCCGCGUUUCCGCUUGUUGAGGCGCGUGGCGAACUCGUUGAGCAGCAGCAGGCGCAGCAGGCGCAGCAGCGCACCGAGCAAGCAAUCGGCCGCGAAAGCAGAGAACUAA